AAGGACAACAAAGUUGCUUUGGCACCGACUGACAUGCCUACUCAGCCUUGGAUUACGAUGGGUAAUAUCCCGCAAGAGGCUAUCAUCCCCAUCUUGACAGAAGUUGUGUCCAAGCAGAUCUCCCUGGAUGAGAUAGGGAGGAGGUUCAAGGUCGUGAAGAAGUUUGGCUACGUUGCGAAGGCCUUCUGCGAUGGAGUUAAAUGCAAAGACUUUAAAGCCGCAGAGGAGUUGUAUCCUUUCCACACCAAAAAAGAGGACUGGACUGAGGUGAAGUAUCAGGGGUGCGUGGGCCAKGUGAAGGUUAUUGAGGGUGAUAUGUUGCAUUUGGCACAGCUGCAGAAGAACAAGGUGCCGAUUUCUCUUACUAUCUUCGAUUUUCCCUACGGCUUUGCGCACAAAGGUCACGCACAUGACACGGAGCCUUUCCCGAAGAUUGACAUUUUGAACGUGUUGCAGAAUGUCAAGGACGUUACAAGCGCAUCGCUCUGGACAGUCGCUGCUUUUUGCUCCGUGGACAUGCUAUCCUCGGUGAGGUCCGCGUUCGUGAAGAUCUGCAAUGCUGGUCAAGAGCUUGUCAUGUGUUUCAAGCUGAACACGACAAAUCCCGGUGGCCCCAGGCUUGUCGGCGCGACAGAGUUCUGCAUUCUGGGGUACUACAAUGUGACGGGCCAGCGUGAGAUGACGCAUUACAACUUCGCUCCCACCGACCCCCGCCACAACUUCCAACUUUUUGAUGCGGUUACCGGAAAGUUUGUGCAUCCAGGUGAUAGCAAGGUGCUCUGUUCGUACCAGAAACCUUAUGCUUUGUAUUCCUGGUUGGUCACGAAGUUCUCUCCACCAGGCGCCACCGUUUYGGACGGGUUUUCAGGCUCGGGUACAGGGGUCAUUGCUUGCGUAAUGGCCAACAGGAACUGUCUCGUCGUGGAGUUGGACAAACGGUGUGUAAAGGGAAUCCGCAUGAAGCUACUCACAGACCUCGAAGGGACGUUGGAGAGAGAAAAGCCGAAAGAGGGGAAGGGGAAGUCGAAGGAGCAGCACCCUGAUGAGGAAAUUGAGGUGUCUGGGGAUCACGGCCUCACGAAAGAAGAGCAGCAUGUUGAGGAAGGCACAACCAGGGAGGCUUCCGACAAGGAGGUGACGCAUGAGACAUGGGAGCCGAUUCCGGGACUGAUUGCAACAGACGCCAAUCUGCCAGCAGGAUCCGAACAGCGUGGGGAACCGCCUGUGGCAGCACCUUCAGAGGAGCAGCAGAGGGGAAAUAUCCCACCAUCCACUGCAGCUGAAAAUGUCCUGGGCUCGACGAGCGGGCGAGAGGAAGGCGAGUUGUCUCAUCGCAGGGCAGUCACUGUGGAGACAGGCGAGAUCACAGGGUUGCCCAGCAAUCCUGACAGGGAGGAGCUGGCACAAAGCCAAUACUCGAGUCAAGCCACACGCACAGGAACACGAGGUCGUAAGCGAAAGGUCGGAGGAGACGAGGCGGUUAGCUCAAAGCCUGGCCUUGUUAUGGGUCUGUGCAGUAAUGCUCGGCCGCGUGUGGGGAAAUAAGCAAGGGCGCAUAUAGUUCUAUAACUUGUUUUUGUUAUAGAACUAUAGUUCAUGUCCUGGGUUUGUUAGUGUGCACAUGUCGUUCGGUUGCAUUCCGGCAGAAGUCGAAGUAGACGACGCUUAAUAAGUGGUAGUCAUGAGCAACCAUUCACCCUAAAGAGAUUUAGAUCUCUUGGAAGGAAAGGUCGAUGAAUGUGCACACUUGGCGUUUUGAAAUUCCUCGGCGCAUAUAGUUCUAUAACCUGUUUUUAUUAUGGAACUAUAGUUGAUGUCCUGGGUUUGUUAGUGUGCACAUGUGGUUCGGUUGCAUUCCGACAGAGGCCGAAGUAAAUGAAGCCCAAUAAG